ACCGAGGGCCGUCUCUUUGGCCCGCUCCGUGCUUUCGCCGCCAGCGUCAUAAGAGCCCGACGGAGGAAAAGGAAAUCCCCCUACUUCGCGUUGCGACUUCCAUUCCGUUCUCUCAGAUUUCCAAUUAAGUUGUUCGCUUCCUCUUGGAGCCGCCGGAGCUCCAUCGAGGGGGGAAGCAGCGGGAGACCAAACCCUCGUCGCGUUAGCGGAGAAACAGGGAAGGCAUGGAGAGCUCCUCACCGACGGUGCCGUUUCCGCUCCUCCAAACCCCGAUCGAAUCCAAAUACAGAGUCUGUACGAUCCCUUACCGCUUUCCCUCUGACAAUCCCCGCAAGGCCACGCCCGUGGAGAUCCAGUGGAUCGAUCUCUUCUUGAACUCCGUCCCCUCCUUUAGGCAACGAGCAGAGAAUGACCCUACGGUUGUUGAUGCCCCUAUUAAAGCUGAAAAGUUUGCUCAGAGAUAUACAGCUAUGCUUGAGGACAUGAAGAAAAAUCCUGAAAGCAAUGGUGGGCCACCAGAUUGUGUUCUUCUUUGCAGGCUCCGUGAACAGGUACUUAGAGAAUUGGGAUUUAGAGAUAUUUUCAAGAAGGUUAAGGAUGAAGAGAAUGCUAAAGCUAUCUCACUUUUUGAGGGUGUUGUCCGACUUAAUGAUGCUAUUGAAGAUGAUAGUAAACGAGUGGAAAACUUGAUUAGGGGAAUUUUGGCGGGUAACAUUUUUGAUCUGGGAUCUGCUCAGCUAGCAGAGGUGUUUGCAAAGGAUGGCAUGUCCUUCUUGGCUAGUUGUCAAAAUCUUGUUUCUCGACCUUGGGUUAUUGAUGACUUGGACGAUUUUAAAAUGAAAUGGACUACGAAGACUUGGAAGAAGGCUGUUAUCUUUGUUGAUAACUCUGGUGCUGAUAUCAUUUUGGGUGUAUUGCCAUUUGCAAGAGAGUUACUUCGACGUGGUACAACGGUAGUUCUAGCAGCUAAUGACUUGCCUUCAAUCAAUGAUGUUACAUACCCUGAAUUGGUUGAGAUUAUUUCAAAGCUGAAGGAUGAAAAUGGGCAACUCAUGGGAGUGGAUGCUUCUGGCCUUCUCAUUGCCAAUUCUGGUAAUGAUUUACCGGUUAUUGACCUUAGCAAUGUAUCACCAGAUCUGGCAUACCUUGCAAGUGAUGCGGACCUAAUCAUAUUGGAGGGAAUGGGAAGGGCGAUAGAGACAAACCUUUAUGCUCAACUGAAGUGUGAUUCCAUCAAGAUUGGAAUGGUGAAGCACCCAGAGGUUGCUCAGUUCUUGGGAGGAAGGCUUUAUGAUUGCGUAUUCAAGUAUCAUGAAGUUUUAAAUUAUUGAGGCAUCUGAAUUCUUUGGUUCAAUUUUCUCGUAACCGACAUGCUAGUGCCUAGCUACACUAUUUGUCAUCCAUGACACAGUAAGACCACCAUACCCAUGGAGUAGCAGCUAAGAAAAUGAAGUACUUUGCAGUUAAUGGAAUAAAAAAAGUAUGAAACAGUUUCCUCUGUUAUUGCCCCCACUUAAAUUAUUUCGAGGAGGCAGAAAUUUCAUAGAAAUCAUUCAUGUGUUCAUGUAUUUCGUAAAAUUGAUGAUAUAUAUCAAAGGUGAUAUGAUAUAGUGACUAGUAGUUUUUCAUUUUA